UGAAAACUCGCAGAACCUUCAUAUUGAAAUGCACGUGUCACCACGAGAAGGAUACACAAUUAAAGAGAAGAUAUUACGAGCACUUGCUGAAGGAGUUUUAAUGGGUACAAACAAUAGGUUAAAAAACAAAGAAAUUCAGACAACGGUUUCUGUGGAUGAUAUGAAAGAACAACAUUCAACAAUGCCUGUAUUGAGUGCCAACGAAUCUAUGCCUACCACCGGUCAGCCUGUAUUGAGUGUCAAAGAUUCUAUGCCUGCUACCAGUCAGCCUGUAUUGAGUGUCAAAGAUUCUAUGCCUACUACCAGUCAGCCUGUAUUGAGUGUCAAGGAUUCUAUGCCUACCACCGGUCAGCCUGUAUUGAGUGUCAAAGAUUCUAUGCCUACCACCGGUCAGCCUGUAUUGAAUGUCAAAGAUUCUAUGCCUACCACCGGUCAGCCUGUAUUGAGUGUCAAAGAUUCUAUGCCUACCGCCGGUCAGCCAUUGUUGUUAACAACAAAUAUAGACACGGUCACCGACACAAAGUAUCAUCCUUACUUACCUAAGGGUGAAAAACAGUCAACAGAGCUGGCAGUUUCGCAAGAAACAUCUAAAAGUGACAACGCCAUGAUUUAUCCAAAUAAUGCAGUUGUAAAUAAACAAAACAUUCCUGCUACACUGGAACCGCAGUAUUUAUCGAACACUACAAACCCGACAACUCUUCCCCCAAUCAUACUGCCACACGUGACGGAACCAACAGUCGCUGUAAAUGUGUCUGACAAUGGUAAAUAUCUGUAUGAAACAACAACUACUUCAGCUGAAGUUACCUCUCUUUAUGAAUUUGCUGGAACUUUCGAGACAACAAGUCGGCAAUCAGACGUAAAAACAUUAGCAAUUCAAGAUUCAACCAGAGAUUCUAACGGUCUAAAAUCAACAGUAAAACCAAAUGACAAACAGUCGUGGCAGAAAACGCCAGUUGCUACUAAACUGUUUAAUCCGGAGUCUAUAAAUGUAAAAGAUACAUUCGUAACUGAAAAUGGAAACAUCGAAGUUCAGAACGAAAGACGGAACAAGUCACCUAAAAUAGUAGAGUCGCUAAUGGCAGGCGGUGUUAUGAAGUUACCUUUCAAAACAAAUUCUAAUUUUAGGUUCCUGUUUUCAAGUGAUUCAAAAGUGAAAACCACGAACCAAAAAGUUUUUAAGAAACCUGGAGCAGUCGUAAAAAAGAAAGCUGUGACCGACGGUCGAAGAUUUAACGAACUAGACAAUAAUUAUAACGCAAAUUUCAAUACUCAAAACGACAAGUUCUCUGGAUUGGAGACAUCACAAUUGUACACAGAGAAACCUAAAUCACCAGACUUAUUCAGAACUCUCCGAAUACCAACGUCUUCUACAAAAUCGUUUAUGCAAAGAAAAGCCGAACUUCCGAAAAAGCCAAAACGAACAAUAGAUGUUACAGAAUUUGGAGACCAAAGUUUAAUCUUUAGCUUAACCUGAACAAAUAACGUAUACAUUAAAACGAAUUUUUGACUAGAGCAAUCUUACUUUUGUGGUUGAGAAAACAGAGUUUUCCAAUGCGAGGGUCAACCGGGGAAUGAAAAGCAGUGUUUUUGUAAAUCGUACUGCCCAAGUGCUGAGAACUAUCAUGAAAAUCAAAGUGUAUAAAAGAUAUGGUUCUUUUUCUUGACUUUGCACAGCUUUAGGUUAAAGUAAUCGUAAAUAAAAUAGCUGAUAUGUUAUCUUAUAUUAGGCUACACUGUGGCACGUUUUCAAAAGAAAUAGAAUAAUUUGAUGAGUAUAUUUUUGGUUCUUUAAUAUUGUUCUUGCUUUCGGAAGUAUACUUUCUGGUGGCUUGGGAAGUAUACUUUCUGGUGGCUUGCUUUCGGAAGUAUACUUUCUGGUGGCUUGCUUUUAAUGUUGACACAAUUUUCCACGAUGGCACUGAAACAGUCUGAUCGCGUUUCAUCUAGUCCUGCAGAUCGACUUACUUUCAGAAAAACAAAGCUGUAACAGCUCUGACUCUUGCAAUAACUCGGCCUGUGUGAAACUAACUAGAGUGGAAACAUCUUUCGUUGACAAAGAGUUGGUUUGUGUUACGCUUUGGACCAUCGCUUGCAUCUAUUUCUUUUGAUUGUCCGAACUUCAUAUGAAGAAACCGAUCUUGUUAAAUUCCGUAGACCUUAUUGUUGACCUUAAACUUACGAGCUUAAAUGUUCCUUACAUGUGAAAUAUUAUGUAGAAUUAGUAAACAUGCGUAUGUUAUUGUCUUUAUAACAUGUAUUUGGUAGCAUUUUAUUGUGUUAACAUUACUCUAUGUGACCAGUUGUUCCUUUCUAUUAGCUUUUAUUGUUAUUUUAGUAAUUAUUUUAGAAAAUAAAAAUCAACUUUUAUGUACAUGUCGCUCUUUUACUACAGGUAACAGAUGAAUGAACACCAUGUGUGAAAAAUAUGGCUUCUAGUAUGUUUUCGAGGUUAUUCUAUAACAUAAGCUACUGACCUAAUU